AUGUUUGGAGCCUUAAACCGCUUUAUCGGCCGGCUGGACGCGGAGCCCGUCCAGCACGCGCAGUCCCCCCACGACAACGCCUUUGGGUUCCAGGUUCUCCGCAACAAAGACGCGGAGCUCCCUCUGGAGCCGUGGUUUGAUUUCAUCGUGGGGAUCAACGGACGGUUGAUUGACGACCCAGACCCCUCCCUAUUCGCGACCGAAGUGCGCAACUGCGCAGGAGGAAACGUGAGCUUUGAGAUAUGGAGCGCAAAGGGCCAACGCACCCACACCGUAACCCUCCCCAUCCCCCCAACCAACCCAACCCUCAACCUCGCCCUCCAACUCGCACCCCUCUCCUCCACCCAAAACAUCUGGCACGUCCUCUCCAUCCCAUCCCCGCUCAGCCCGGCCUACCGCGCAGGCCUCCUCCCCCACUCAGACUACAUAAUCGGCACCCCGAGCGGCACCCUCCGCGGCGAAUCCGCCCUCGGCGAGCUCGUCGAAGAGCACCUCAACCGCACGCUCGUCCUCUGGGUCUACAACAGUGAAUUCGACGUCGUGCGCGAAGUCGAGCUGGUGCCUACACGCGGCUGGGGCGGGGAGGGCGCCCUGGGCGCUGAACUCGGCUUCGGGGCGCUGCAUAGGCUUCCAGUUGGGCUGGGCGAGGAGGUCGAGGGACCCGGUGAGGUUGUCUUUGAGACGCGCGAGGAUGGGUCGUCGGAGCCUCUUGCGAAUCGCCUCUUCCAACAGCAGCAGCAGCAGCAGCAGCAGGCAGACACCGGAAGCGCAAGCGGAAGCGGAAGUCAAUUCCUGAUGCCAGCGACGAUGGCCUCGCCGCCGCCGUUGGCGGGGUCAGUGUCACCGGCAGCGAGCCAGUCGCCGUCUGGGACGCGGCGUGGUGGAGGGAGACGUGCGGGCGCGGGGGGUGUCUCGCCCAGUCGGGCAUUUGAUGAGUACUUUGCGGAGGGGGAGCAGAAGAGUAAGGAGCAGGAUUAUGCGCCUUCACGGCGGGGGACGCCGCUGGCGCCGCCGCCGCCUAAGGUUGGAGUGCAAUCUCCUCCUCCCCCGCCUCCCAAGGCCGGGGUGCAGUCUCCGCCGCCGGCUGAGGCGGAGGGUGGAUCCGCGUGA